AAACAGCUUUCUCACUUCUGUCUUACUGAACCUAACACCAUCCAUUAAUCCAGACAUGGGACACCUGGAGUUAAUUCUACUGUUAACAUGGAUAACAGGUUGCUUUACCAUAGACAACAAUGCAAAUAGAUUUGGAGUGACAGAGAGAGAUGCAGCGUUGGCCUCUUGUGAUUUCAACCAAAAUGAAGAACCGUUCUGCAACUUCCAACAAGACACCGCAGAUAAUGGUGACUGGACGCGUCACACUGGACCCACCCCCACCCCUGGAACUGGGCCCGAUGGAGACUAUCCGGAUGGAACUGGCUAUUACAUAUAUCAUGAGGCAGACAACUCUGUAAAUGGACAGAAAAUACGCUUUCUCAGCCCAGUUAUUAGUAGUGGACCUUCUGAGAUCUGUGUACAGUUCUUCUACUACAUGUAUGGCUCUGACAGCAAUAACACCCUGACUGUGUUGGCCAAACGUCCCCACUCUGAGGAACAAAUGUGGCAAAAAACUGGAAUACAGAGCCCGUCAUGGCUUGAAGCCUCUGUCACUGUGCCCAUACCAGCAGGACAGACUGCUCAGAUUGUGUUUCAAGCAAAGCGUGGGCUCUCCUCAUCAUGUGACACUGCCCUGGAUAACAUUGUUAUCACUGAGGGAGCAUGUGCUGGCUGUAUAGCUGGGUGUGAUUUUGAUGAUAAUGAUAAAUGCGGCUGGAAAAAUGUGGUACCUAAUGAUAACAUUUUUGGUUGGGAGCUUUGGACUGGACAGACAGAGACACCAGACACUGGCCCUGAUGAUGACUUCUCCAAACCAGGAUUGGGGUCAUACCUGUUAAUGGACUCCAGCUAUAGUAUUGAAGGAGAAUCCGCUCAGCUCUGGAGUCCCUCUACCUCAGCCUCUGGUUGCCUACAAUUGGACUUCCAUUACUACAUGUAUGGCAGUGCCACCAACAUGGAGCUAAAUGUCUAUGCAAUCACCAACGGUGGAGCACUUGGAUCCCCUAUUUUCCGCCUCAGAGGAAAUCAAGGUCAGGCCUGGAAGCCUGCAACCGUUCGCUACAUUGGUUCAGCUGAUUCAGUGGAGUUUGUAAUUGUAGGUGUUUAUGGUGAAACACACAAGACAGAUAUUGCAGUUGACAGUGUCUGCGUUACCACUUGUACAGCAACUCCAACAACACCGAAGCCAUCCCCACCCCAACCCACUACACCUAAACCAACGACAUCAGGUCCAUCAUCCCCUAAACCGUCUACACCUCAACCUACUUCACCUAAACCAACGACACCAGGUCCAUCUUCACCUAAUCCGUCUACACCCCAACCUACUUCACCUAAACCAACGACAUCAGGUCCAUCAUCCCCUAAACCGUCUACACCCCAACCUACUUCACCUAAACCAACGACACCAGGUCCAUCUUCACCUAAUCCGUCUACACCCCAACCUACUUCACCUAAACCAACGACACCAGGUCCAUCAUCCCCUAAACCGUCUACACCUCAACCUACUUCACCUAAACCAACGACACCAGGUCCAUCUUCACCUAAUCCAUCUACACCCCAACCUACUUCCCCUAAACCAACGACAUCAGGUCCAUCAUCCCCUAAUCCGUCUACACCUCAACCUACUUCACUUAAACCAACGACACCAGGUCCAUCAUCCCCUAAACCGUCUACACCUCAACCUACUUCACCUAAACCAACGACACCAGGUCCAUCAUCCCCUAAUCCGUCUACACCUCAACCUACUUCACUUAAACCAACGACACCAGGUCCAUCAUCCCCUAAACCGUCUACACCCCAACCUACUUCACCUAAACCAACAACACCAGGUCCAUCAUCCCCUAAACCAUCUACACCCCAACCUACUUCACCUAAACCAACGACACCAGGUCCAUCAUCCCCUAAACCGUCUACACCUCAACCUACUUCACCUAAACCAACGACACCAGGUCCAUCAUCACCUAAUCCAUCUACACCCCAACCUACUUCACCUAAACCAACAACAUCAGGUCCAUCAUCCCCUAAACCGUCUACACCCCAACCUACUUCACCUAAACCAACGACACCAGGUCCAUCAUCCCCUAAACCGUCUACACCCCAACCUACUUCACCUAAACCAACGACAUCAGGUCCAUCAUCCCCUAAACCGUCUACACCCCAACCUACUUCACCCAAACCAACAACACCAGGUCCAUCAACUCCUAAACCAACAACACCUAAGCCAACUACUCCAGGACCAACACCACCAGUGAUCUGCCCUCCAGACUCUGAGUACAUUGAUUGUGGCCCAGCCUGUAUUCCUACCUGUGCAGAACCCUCCACCAACUGCUCUGGUUCAUGUAUAAGCGGCUGCUUCUGUAAACCAGGAUUUGUUUUCCGUGGGAGACGCUGUGUUCCUAUUGAGCAGUGUGGAUGUCUGGAUGAAGAAAACAAUUACUUUGAGCCUGGUGAGAUCAUAUUUGGAGAUGGCUGUUCCAAGUUGUGUCGCUGUGCUGGCAACUACACCUUCGACUGUGUGGACAACACCUGUGAUCCUGUGACAGAAGAAUGUCGGGAGGUUGGUGGAGUGUAUGGCUGCUACCCUAAAGGAACCUCCACCUGUAUUGCCUCUGGUGAUCCCCAUUAUAACACCUUUGAUAACCGGCGCUAUGACUUCAUGGGAAACUGUUCUUACCUGAUGUCCGAACGUUGUAACAGCACAGAUGUGCCUUACUUCGCUGUAUACACAGAUAAUGAGAAUCGCUACAACAAUCCUCAUAUCAGCUAUGUAAAAGCAGUUCAUGUCCAUGCGCUGGGAGUCGUAGUGUCCAUUCUGAAAGGAGGAACUGUUCAAGUCAAUAGAACCAAUGUGAACAUUCCUCUGAGUCCUGUCAGUGGUGUUGACAUUUUUAUGUCUGGCAAGCAUUACACAGUGGCCUUGAACUUUGGAGUAACCAUACGUUAUGACGGAAACCACUAUAUGGACAUUAAAGUUAUCAAGGACUAUAAGGACCAACUUUGCGGACUGUGUGGGGAUUACAACGGAGACCCUCAGGAUGACUUCCAGACCCCAACUGGUGAACUGGUCCAAAGCCCCAAUGACUUUGGCCACAGCUGGAACACAGACCCUGAGUGUAACAAAACAGAUGUUGGCCCAUCUCCAGGCUGUACAGAUGCUGAGCAGGAGUUGUAUGAAGGGCCUGCUUACUGUGGUAUAAUUUUGAACAGCAAUGGCCCAUUUGCUGCUUGCCAUCCAAAAGUCAACCCCAAUGGUUUCUUCCAAGAUUGUUUGUUUGAUGUUUGUGAGCUGGAUGGUGCUCAAUCUGCUUUGUGUGAAGCAAUAGAGUCCUAUGUCAAUGAAUGUCAGGACCGUGGAGUCACAAUUGGACCCUGGAGAAACAGCACCUUCUGUCCUCUAAAAUGCCCACCCAACAGUCACUUUGAAUCAUGCGCACCAGUUUGCCAGCCUUCCUGCAGUCCAUUUCCACCAAGUCAGUGCAGCGGGCCUUGUUCUGAAGGAUGUGUUUGUGACCCUGGAUAUAUCCUCAGUGCUGGCCAGUGCGUGAAAGAAGAAACAUGUGGUUGCAGCUAUAAUGGAAAUUACUAUAAGCCAGGUGAAGAGUUCUACACUAAGGACUGUGAGCUACUGUGUAAGUGCGCCCCCCCAUUUGUUUCCUGUAAAGCUGCUGUCUGUCCACCAAUGGAACAAUGUGGAGAACAGGGUGGUGUAAUUGGGUGUUACCCAAAAGAAUCUCAAGACUGUAUUAUCUCUGGUGAUCCUCAUUAUAACACUUUCGAUGGCAAAUACUACAGCUACAUGGGCACUUGCACCUACACUCUGGCCCGCACCUGCCAAAACAACACUGGCCCCUGGUUCUCCAUAGAGGGUAAGAAUGAAGAGAGAGGAGUUUCUGGCGUUUCUUACCUGAGGAAACUGUACGUGACUGUUGAUGGCAUCACUGUGACACUGAUGAAAAACAAGAGAACUCUGGUGAAUGGACUCAGGGUGUCUCUCCCUCACUCCCCAUCUCCACUCAUUUCGGUGUCUCUUGCUGGACAUUAUGUAAUCCUCACAACUCCGUUUGGCCUGGGGGUGCAGUGGGACGGCAACCAUUAUGUCAAGAUCUCAGUUCCUAGUUCCUACUAUGACCAGAUGUGUGGCCUAUGCGGAGACUACGAUGGAAACCCCAAUAAUGAUUUCACUAAGCCGGAUGGCUCCCAAACCGACAGCUCCAAUCAGUUUGGUGACAGCUGGCAAACUGAUGAGGAUGAGGAUGCAACGUGCAAGCCGGACCCCGGGCCUCAACCACCAUGCGAUCCUAAGCUGGAGGGUGUGGUGUCAAACCCAGAGAACUGUGGAAGAAUAAAUGACACAAACGGAGCAUUUAGGGACUGCAUAAAUGUGGUGGACCCCUUGCCUUUCUUCCUGAGCUGUGUGUUUGAUAUGUGCCAUUAUCAGGGUCUGCAGCAGGUCCUUUGUGACCAGCUUCAGGCUUACACUGAUGUUUGCCUGAGUGCAGGUGCUCCUGUCUAUCAGUGGAGGGAACCAGACUUCUGCCCUCUGGAAUGCCCUCCAAACAGCCACUACUCCAUAUGUGUGAGCUCCUGUCCGGAGACAUGUCUGGGUAUCAAUGGACCAUCGGGCUGCAGUGAGAAGUGUGUUGAAGGCUGUGAUUGUGACAGUGGCUUUAUCCUCAGUGACAACAAAUGUGUUCCUCUUAAAGACUGCGGCUGUGUGGACUCCUCAGGCUCCUACCAUCCAGUAAAUGAGAGCUGGUAUCUGGAGGGCUGUACACAGAAGUGUGCAUGUGAGGGUGGAGGAAAUAUUCACUGUUACAACACCAGCUGUCUUCCUACUGAGAGCUGCCAACUUCAAGAUGGAGACUAUGGCUGCAAACCACUUGGUACAGGCAUUUGCUCAGUUUCUGGCGACCCUCAUUAUAACACUUUUGAUGAUAAAGUACAUCACUUCAUGGGUGCCUGUUCUUACACUCUCACUAAGCCCUGUAAUGAGACCUCAGGCUUGCCAUACUUUUCUGUGGAGACACAGAACGAGCACAGAGACAAUAAUAAGAAAGUGUCUUAUGUAAGAUCUGUCAUCAUCAAUGUGCAUGACACAACCGUCAUUUUGAGCAAGGGGCGCAAGGUUCAGAUGAAUGGAGUUCAGGUCACUGUGCCUGUCACGCUGUCAAAUGGUGUUAAGAUCUUCCUAAGUGGAAAAUUUGUUGUGCUUGAGACAGACUUCGGAUUGCGUGUCCGUUUUGAUGGAAACCAUCAUGCAGAUGUCACCUUGCCUUCCUCCUACAGUGGACUGUUAUGUGGACUCUGUGGAAACUAUAAUGGUAAUCCUAAUGAUGACAACAUCAAGUCAAAUGGAAUGCAAACAGACAGCACCAAUGAGCUUGGAGAAAGCUGGCAGGUUCCUGACGACAGACCAGAUUGUACUCAUGGUGGAGGAGACAUUGAAUGUGAUGAGAAGAUUGAGAGUGAAGCACAGAAGCUUACUAGCUGUGGCAUGAUCACAGAUCCCAAUGGAAUCUUCAAGCCAUGUCAUGCGGUGGUGCCUCCCAGUCCUUACUUUGAGAACUGUGUCUUUGAUCAGUGUGGCACUGGUGGCGCCACAGUGGCACUGUGCCAAGCUAUUCAAAGCUAUGCUGACCUGUGCGCUCAAGCUGGGGUGCCAAUUAACUGGAGGAAUAACACCUUCUGCCCUAUUAAAUGUCCGGUUGGCAGUCACUAUGAGCCAUGUGGUUCAGCCUGUCCAGCCAGCUGUCAGGACCCUGGAUCUGAAGGCAGCUGUUUUGAGCCCUGUGUUGAGGGAUGUGUGUGUGACCCUGGUUUUGUCCUCAGCGGGGACAAGUGUGUGCCCUUCAGCGAGUGUGGAUGCACUGACAAAGACAACAACUAUAGGCCUGUUGGAGACAGCUGGUUCACGAAAGAUGAUUGCACAGAGCGCUGUGUUUGUUCACCUUUCAAUACAGUGACAUGCGAGGCAUGGCAAUGUGGUCCCGCUCAGGAAUGUAAGGUCAAUGAUGGUGAACUAGGCUGUGUGAACACAGGAGUGGGCAUUUGUCACAUUGCUGGUGAUCCUCACUACUACACUUUUGAUGGCAUCAUGCACACCUACAUGGGUACCUGCACUUACACGCUGGUGGCGAUAUGCAACACCUCUAUGGUGACACCCUUCACUAUUGUGGCCAAGAACGAAGAGCGUGGCCAACCAGAAGCUUCGUAUGUUCGCUCUGUGACUGUCUACCUGCCCACUACCAACAUCACCAUCAGCAAGAAUGGCAGAGUACUGAUGAAUGAACGCAGGAUAAAGACCCCCUAUGACAUCAGUUCAGCCAAUGCACGGGUGUUCACCAGUGGAGUAAACACCGUACUGGACACUGACUUCGGCCUGAUUGUGAAGUUUGAUGGAGUGCACCAUAUUGAAAUCACAGUGCCUGGAGACUAUUUCAACAAGGUAUGUGGAAUGUGUGGUAACUACAACGGAGAUUCCUCUGAUGACAACUUGAUGCCUGAUGGGAAACCAGCCAAAAAUGACACUGAACUUGGUAACAGCUGGAAGGCAGAGGGAGACAGUGAUCCUGGGUGCAAACCUGAUGAACGGCCUGAUGACAAACCCAACUGCAACAAGAAUGAAGAAGAGAUCUACAAGUCGCAGUGUGCGGCAUCUAUCCUGUCUGAUCUCUUCAAGCCCUGUCACUCUCUCAUUCCUCCAGAAUCUUUCCUGGGGAACUGCAUCUAUGACAUGUGCGAGUAUGACGGCAUGCAGUCGACUCUGUGCGAUAACAUUGAAGCUUACGCCCAGGCCUGUCAUAGCGCUGGAGUCACGAUCAGCUGGAGAAACAGCAGCUUCUGUCCUCUCCCGUGCCCACCAAACAGUCACUAUUCUGAGUGCACAGCUCCUUGUCCUCCAACUUGUGCCGAUCUCUUCCCCGUAUUCUGCCCAUUACCGCCUAAUAGUUGUGUCGAAGGCUGCCAGUGCAAUGGAGGUUUUGUGCUAAGUGAUGGCAAGUGUGUUCCUCUCUCAAGCUGUGGAUGUGUUGACAGCAGCGGAGAGUAUCAUGAUGUGGGAGAUUCAUGGAUAAGUGACCACUGUGAACAGAGGUGCAGCUGCAGCCUUGGAGGAGUGCUGUCCUGCACAUCCUUUGAAUGCAAUGACAACUCGAUCUGUGAUCUUGACAGCAAUGGAGACCGUUACUGCAAACCUGAGAAAUUCGAUGACUGCAAUAUUGCUGGGGACCCUCACUAUCAUACCUUUGACGGAUACAAUCACCACUACCAGGGAGCGUAUACCUAUGUGUUAACUCAGAACACCACUCUGCCCAGCUCCCUCACCCCUUUCAUAGUCCGCGGCAAAAACCAGCGGCAGGGAGGCAUCAGCCGGGUGUCACUCCUGCGCGAGGUCUAUGUGGACGUGUACGGCAUUUCUGUUCGCAUGCAGCAGAAGAAGAAAGUCCUGGUUGAUGGAGAAAAGGUUGGUCUACCGUUCAGUCCUGUACGUGGAGUUAACAUCAAAACAAAGUCUCGCUAUGUGAUGCUCACAACUGACUUUGGCCUUUCUGUGCGCUUUGAUGGCAAUGCUCAAGCAGUGGUGAGUCUACCAAGUGUAUACAGAUCUCGUGUGCUCGGUCUGUGCGGUAAUUAUGAUGGAAACAACCGUAACGAGUACACAAAACCAGACGGCAAAGUUACCCGCAACCUCAAUGAGUUUGGAGACAGCUGGAAGGUGACUGACAGACAGGCAGGUCUUCGUACCACAUCAAUACCAAUGAGGGUGCACCUACACAAGCGUGAAGUGGAGGCCGAUCCAGAUUCAGGGUUUGAUACGACAGGCUGCACAAAUGCUCUGCUGGAGGAGCUGAAUGGGAAUAAAAUGUGUGGGGCUCUCAGUGACCCUGCUGGUCCUUUCACUGCCUGUCAUGCUGUGAUCGCUCCGGAUGUCUUCCAAGAGGAUUGUGUGUUUGACCUGUGUGCUGAACAGGGCAGUGAAGAGCUGCGCUGUGAAAAUUACGCCGUCUACGCUCGGGCUUGCCAAGAUCUGGGUGUCGCACUAGGGCCGUGGAGACAAGAACUGAAUUGUGGUCUGCAGUGUGGGCCCAACAGCACUUACUCCUCCUGUAUGACUCCAUGCCCGGCGUCCUGUGCAGAUUUGGCAGCUCCCUCUGAGUGUGAGCAAACACAUUGUGUGGAGGGUUGUCAGUGCGCCUCCGGCUUUGUCCUGAGUGACCAAGACUGUGUGCCUUACAGCGAGUGUGGAUGCAAGUACCUCGAUCGCUACUAUCAGUUAAAGGAGACAUUUGUGACAGAGGACUGUUCACAGAGUUGUGAAUGUUCUACCACUGGUGCUGUGUGUCGAGCAAAGGGCUGUGGAGAAAACGAGAUCUGCACGGUGUACGACACCAAACGAGACUGUUAUAAAUCGAGUCCAUGUUUGAGCUCACCCUGUCAGAAUGAUGGUACCUGUGUAAAUAAACCAGAUGGUUCUGGUUAUACCUGCACAUGCACUGAAGGUUUUGAGGGCACAAACUGUGAGCUCUUAAAAAUCCCCUCUGAUGGAGGCCUAGGUCAAACAGCUAUUAUCUUGAUCGGAGUCCUUGUGCCGCUUGGCGUCAUCCUCAUAGUCACAGCAACUGUGUGCAUUUACAAAAAGUGCAGCCACAAAAAGAUGAGUUACGAUACAAUUAAAUUUGAGCUGAACAAAAAGACAGAUCAUUCUUAUAAAACUCUUGAUGAGAGUAAGAAGCAGGGAACACAGAACAGUGGAAUGAAGGCUACUACAUUCUGAAGCAAAACCUCCAUUUUUAGACGAUGAUUUCUGGACGAGAGUUUGUUUAUAUUUAUUCAUUUUAAACGUCUUUGUGGAAUAUGUGAACUAACUGUCAAAACCUUUCCGUUACUUAUUUGUAAACUUCAUUGUAAAUUUUGAUAUAAGCCGUGUUUUGAUUUGGGGAAUGAGUGCAUUUAUUAAAUGCCUGUGAGCAUCUGACAUUAAAUAAAUUCUAUUUUCUUCAUA